AUGCUGCUGCUUUGUCACUUCUGCCGAAAACAACUGUUGAAGGGACUCUUGUCCUACGUCUAUUUUUGCUGUCAAAGAAAGAGACACGAGGCCCCGUUGGUCUUACAAAAUGCUCAGAGGUCAAUGCAUACGAGACCGUAA